AUGAUCAAGAUCUGGGAUGCGCACACCAGGGCCUGCUUGCAGACGCUGGCGGGUCAUAAUGACGAUGUCAGCUCAGUGGUGUUCUCCUACGACAGCAGUCGCGUCGCGUCCGGGUCGGACGACAAUACGAUCAAGAUCUGGGAUGCGCACACCGGGGCCUGCCUGCAGACGCUGGAGGGCCAUAAUGACGAUGUCAGCUCAGUGGUGUUCUCCUACGACAGCAGCCGCGUCGCGUCCGGGUCGGCCGACAGGGCGAUCAAGAUCUGGGAUGCGCACACUGGGGACUGCCUGCAGACGCUGGAGGGCCAUAAUCAUGAUGUCAACUCAGUGGUGUUCUCCCCCGACAGCAGUCGCGUCGCGUCCGGGUCUUUGGACAAGAUGAUCAAGAUCUGGGAUGCGCACACCGGGGCCUGCCUGCAAACCCUAAAUGUUGGCAAUUAUGUGAAUAUUCUUUCCUUCGACACCACCAACUCCUCUCUUCACACUAGCGUUGGGAUUUUUCCCCUUCGUGGCUCAGCAACACCUAAUCCUAGGCCUCCGACUAAAGUGUCCGCGUUAGACCUCCAAUCACCUAGUGCAAAUCAACUGCCGCAACCCCCCGAAUAUCAAGGCUACGGUAUCAGUUUCGAUAGACUCUGGAUCACGCGGCGUUCACAGAACUGGCUCUGGCUGCCUCCCACCUAUCGCCCGACCAGUUCGGCUGUAGGAAAGUCCGGAAUAGCGGUGGUGCUUGGCUGCCCGUCUGGACGUGUUUUGAUCUUCGGAUUCGCGACUGGGGGUGCCGACUGA